UGUACAAAGCAUAUUCAUGAAUGACACAAAUGGCAUUGUUAAUUUAUUUUCUAUUUGUGCAGAAGCAAAAAAAACUCGUCUUACAUUCGACGAUAAGAAACUCAUUGAAAAUGAAGUUUGCUUUAAAGAAAUUUGUUCUCCUGAUAUAAUGGAAAUUAUCAAACACAAUACCACAGUGACAAAAGCUUUACUUCAACACUUGGAAAAAGUGGCGCAAGAAAGAGUAAAAACACAUUCUGUUACAUCACUCUUAUCGAAGAAAGAUAAUGCGAAUUCUAAUUCUUUAAAAACAACUAUUUGUGAGCAAAUUUCAUGUAAAUUUGCAAAUGAGAAUACACAUUCUGCCAAUAGUUCUACUAUUGAAUUAGAAAGUUUAAAUUGUUUAUCGUGCUUGGAAAAAAAAGAGGAAGAUAACACUGUAGCAAUGUUUACCAAAACCUUUUUAAAGCUAAUGAAACAAGCUCUUGUAUUAAAUAGCAAGAGUGUACAAAAAGGCUGUGUAAGGAAAGAAAAUGUGAUCGAAACAUUUAUUGUUUUGAGUAAGAUAAAAGAAUGUGCAGACGAAAUUUUAAAAAUAUAUAUGCUCGCCGAUUGCUCAAAGAGACAGUUAAAUAAGUUUUGUUCUAGAUCCAAGUCGAAAGAUAAAUACCUUUCGAAACCAAAUUCUGCUAUAAAUUCGAUUCAGACUCAAGACGUUGAGAAUGCCACAGAUCAAUUUACAGCUUCUUAUACAAAUUCGAAAGACGUUGAGAAUGCCACAGAUCAAUUUACAGCUUCUUAUACAAAUUCGAAAGACGUUGAAGUACUGUAUGAACCCUCCACAUCAAGAAUUCAAGAUCACAGUCUUUCAGAAGAUACGUAUGUGAAAACAACGAUGGAAAGAAAACCUUCUGUUAGAGAUAAAGAAAUUACUACACAUUUAGAGAACCAUGAACAUAUUGGUUUAAAUAUGUCGCAAGUAUCGCUUCACGACAUGGGAACUCAAUACAUUUCGAAGCAAUUACAAGACACAGGCGUCAUAACCGAGCCCGGACAAGAUUUCGAGAGAAAAAUAAGUGUCGCCACUCAAAAUCGUGAGCCUAUUUUAAUUCGUGUAAUCAAGUCUAAUAAUGGUGAAGGUAUUCUAAAAUUAGAUAAGGAAACGUGCGUUCGCGAUGCCUAUGUUGUACGGAGGACAAAUAUCGACAAGUGCUCAAAGAACAUGUAUCAGAAAUACUCGAUUAGAGAAUAUUAUGAUGAAUUGUUACAUCCAGGCGUUUCUCAUAUAUGCGAGAAAGAAAUGCAAAGGAUGCAAAAGUUCCUUAUUGCACAAUUACAAUUGGACGAAUAUUCGAAACUUUGGACUACCAUCGAAGCAACGAAUUGUUUCCAGAAUCCCAUUGUAUGUAAAAUCACACAAGUAUACACGAAAAAGGACUGA